CAUCAUUCUAACAAAAAUUUAGCUUCAUAUUUUUGAAAAUGUAUAUAAUUUUUUUUUGUUAAAUCAGUUUCCAUUUUAUUAUAAAAAACGGGCAGAGAUCAAGGCGACCACCUGCCAACUGAUACAACGAGAGGAACUCCCUAACACGACCCUCACCCACAACUGGUGUUCUCCACUCCUCAACUACAGCUUAUAUUACCGCGUGCUAGUGUAAUAACCCUAAACAUUGACAAUCACUACUUAACGUCAACGAAGAAGAAACAACAAACUUCAUAUAGUCUAGUGGUAAUACCUUUAGGUUUGAAUAUGGAAGUCUCGUUUCAAAUCUCCCAUAUAGUACCUAACUUUGUAACCACACACAAAAAAAAAAAAGUAAAAACCUAUAUCACCCUUAUCAACAAAUCAGAAGAGGAUUUUAACAAUAGAAAACAAUUUUAAUACAAAAUAUCCUGUUACUAACUUAUCCGAAAUAACCUCGGAUUUCACAAUCCUUACAUUUUUCAUCUUGGUGAUUUCAAAAUCCAAAUUCAUUGUCACUGCUAUUCAUAUAUAUAUAUAUAUAUAUUUUUACACAGUUUUUUUUUUGACAAAUUUUUUUUUUUUACACAGUUGGAAGGCCCCAUGUGAAAGGGACACGUGGAGCCACACGCGUCGCCCUUUCUCUCCCCCGUACGUUUCUACCUUUCUUGUUUUUGGUCCUUCUUCCUUGUCGAUGAUAAACGUCCAAGUCACAACUUACAACACACACUCUGACACACAAAUUCACAGCCAGCUCCUUUUGGCCUUCUCUUCUCUCUAUAACCUUCGCCUUUUUACUUCUUCCCUCGGUUUCUUUCUUCCACCAGGGCCUCCUCAUCCACCUCUUCAGGCUCCCUCACCGCCCACGCAAUCAACCAACAACACAGGUUCGUCCUUCCUCCUUCCUCUCACUGAUCUAAUCACCAUGUGCUUCGAAUGCUUCACCAGUUGUACUCCUGUCUUUGCUGCCUUUUUCUUGAUCAUUCUCGAGGUGCAACAAAAAAAAAGGGUUCCGCUUUCGACGAUGGGUCACUUGAGUUUUCUGGCCCUCUUAAUCUCAUUGCUUUUGCUGAAAUGGGUUGUGCUCUAUCUGGUCGAAUUCCUUCAACGAUUGGGAAAUAGGCCCAUCUCUGUUUUUCCUAAACAUUUUUGUCCUCUGGCGUCGAAGUCUCUUUUGUUUGUGUUUAUGUGAUUUACAAUAGAGCUCUCAUCCUUGAUUGUGGUUUAGAUUGUCUCGUGUGUCGUCUAUCUUGUCCGUUUCUUCUGAAAUGGUCUAUUGAUUCCCCUUUUCUCUCUCUCUCUCUGUGUCAAUUUGACAGAAACGAGGGGGUUUCUAACUAUUGCUUCUGUUCUGUUGUUUGGGGCCAGUUUCAAGUUUUAAACCAUGGUGAGAAGUGAAGAAUUGAACCAGUGUUUCGAGAAGCUGAUGAUGGCAGGCGGUGGAAUCGACAUCAGUAAGAAGAUGGGGGGAGUGGCCAUCACUGAGUGGAAGGACAUUCCAAUGGAGCUUCUCUUGAGGAUUGUGUCUCUUGUUGAUGAUCAUCGCACGAUCAUAAUGGCCUCCGAAGUUUGUAGCGGCUGGAGGGAGGCUAUUUGUUUAGGCCUUACUCAUUUAUGUCUCUCUUGGUGUAAGAACAGUAUGAACAACCUGGUUAUAUCUCUUGCUCCUAAGUUGAGGAAUCUGCAGAGCUUAGUGCUACGCCAAGAUAAGCCGCAGCUGGAAGAUAUUGCGGUAGAGACGAUCGCUAGACACUGCCAUGACUUGCAAGACUUGGACCUUAGCAAGAGCUUUAAGCUAACUGAUCGCUCUCUGUAUGCCCUGGCUCAUGGUUGCCCCGACCUGGUCAAACUCAAUAUCAGCGGGUGUACAUCGUUUAGCGACGAUGGUAUCGAGUACCUCACUGGAUUCUGCCGUAAGCUGAAGACUCUGAAUCUUUGUGGCUGUGUAGGAGCAGCAACUGAUCUUGCCUUGCAGGCUAUUGGACGCAAUUGCAAUCAACUGCAAUCGUUGAAUCUUGGGUGGUGUGAGAACGUGGGGGACAUUGGGGUGAUGAGUUUGGCAUAUGGAUGUCCAGAACUCCGAACACUGAACUUGUGUGGCUGUGUGUCGAUAACAGACGACAGUGUGAUUGCACUGGCGUACAGGUGCCCGCACCUCACAUCCCUCGGCCUGUACUACUGCCGAAACAUCACCGAUCGAGCAAUGUACUCUCUGGUUCAUAGCCGGGUGAAGAAGAACAAGCCGUCUACAUCCAUGUGGGAGAGCAUAAAAGCCAGGAAAGGCGAAGAAGGGUUGAAGAGCCUGAACAUCAGCCAAUGCACGGCGCUGACACCUUCAGCUGUUCAAGCACUGUGUGAUUGCUUCCCAGCUCUUCACACUUGCUCAGGGAGGCAUUCUCUCGUCAUGAGUGGUUGUCUGAACUUGACUUCAGUGCAUUGUGCUUGUGCUGUGGAAGCCCACCGCACUCUGACGUAUGUCCCUCAUCACCAUGCUCAUUGAAGCUCAGACAAGUUCAGGGAAGUGUGCUUUCUCAGCACAUGGAGAGCGAAGCCGUGGUGUAAGUUUAUGUAUUUGCUUGUGGGACAAACCAAGUCCGCGUAGCUGCAGAUUUGCAAGGGUUUGUUGUUGUAUAAUGCUGUGAUGUUAAGAAUUUAAAGGACUUUGCUAUCGACUAUUUGAUUCUGGUUUUUAAAGAACCCUUCUUUGUGAAUGCCGAUGGUUAAUAAGAGUUGUGGGUUCAUGGCUCGGUACUACAUUUCCGAAACUCAAAAGAAACCUUACAAUCACGC